CACCAGCUCUUUGUUUCCCCGGAAGCUAUGGCUCGCACCAAGCAAACAGCACGAAAAUCGACAGGUGGGAAAGCGCCUCGCAAGCAGUUGGCCACCAAGGCGGCCCGCAAAUCAGCGCCGACGGCAGGGGGUGUGAAGAAACCUCAUCGGUACCGGCCUGGAACGGUCGCCUUGCGGGAGAUUCGCAAGUACCAAAAGAGCACCGAGCUCCUCAUUCGGAAGCUGCCAUUCCAGCGCCUCGUCCGGGAGAUCGCACAGGACUUCAAGACCGACCUGCGUUUCCAGAGCACAGCCAUUUUGGCGCUUCAGGAGGCUACAGAGGCUUACCUCGUCGGUCUUUUUGAGGAUACGAACCUCUGUGCCAUCCACGCCAAGCGUGUGACGAUCAUGCCUAAAGACGUCCAGCUUGCGCGUCGUAUCCGAGGAGAACGCGCGUAAUGCGUGUGGGGGGGCUAUUGCGUGGCGUCGGUGGUUUUCGGUGGUUUUUUCUUAAAGGGAAAUAUUCUUCCCUAAACAUGUCCGGGGAUGGAGGAACGCAUAGAGCGAGGAGGGAGAUGCCUGCUUUUGGUUCGAAUCAAGGGAGACAUGAAGCAGGAUUGAGGGCGGGAGGGAGAGGGGGAACGCAGCUUUGUACAUGGUGAUGUGAAGUGUUGUUUACCCUGUGGAGGACGGGAGGGA